AUGUCUGUUCCAAGCCAACGCUGUUCUAUUAUUAACCCUCCUCCACCAGAAUAUAUAAAUAACAAAAAUAGUGGUUGUCAAACAAACCAGCUUCAGUACUUACAGAGGGUGGUCAUGAAAGCCAUGUGGAGACACAACUUUUCCUGGCCGUUUCAUCUGCCUGUAGAUGCAGCAGCACUGAAUCUUCCUGACUAUUACAGUAUUAUAAAGAAACCUAUGGACUUGAGCACCAUUAAAAAGCGUCUGGAACACAAUUACUACACAAAAGCUGCAGAAUGCAUUGAAGACUUUAAAACUAUGUUCUUGAACUGCUACAUAUAUAACAAGCCAGGUGAUGACAUUGUGUUUAUGGCCCAAGAACUAGAAAAAGUGUUUAUGCAGAAAAUAGCCCAAAUGCCACCAGAAGAAAGACUAGUGAUUCUCAACAAAGGAAAGAGAAAAGGCAAGAAGCCAGAAGAAACACAGCAGCCCAACCCUGGGACUUCAAAUGAACACCGCAUGACGCAGAAACAAGCUGAAAGCAGUGAGCAGCCUCCAGGGAUGACUCAAGAGCUACAGCAGGUUACACUACCUCCAUUGUCUGCAGCUCAGCUGACUGCUCUAAUGCCAGCUGCAGUCCCUAUAACAAAAGCAAAAAAAGGUGUGAAAAGGAAGGCUGACACUACAACUCCUACUACUUCAAUAUUCACAGCAAGUGGUGAAUCUUCUGCAACAUUUAAUGAAAGAAAAGCUGUUAAAGCAUGCAGAGGUGAAAAUGAAUGUAUGAUACCAAAUAAGCUUCUGAAGAGAUACUUGCCAGAUUCUCAACAGUCACCUGAAAUUCUUAAAAAGAUUCAGGUGUCAGAACAACUAAAACAUUGUAAUGAAAUACUUCAAGAAAUGUUUUCAAAGAAACAUGCAGCAUAUGCAUGGCCUUUCUUAAAACCUGUAGAUGUUGCAUCUUUCUCACUUGGUAAGAACCAAGGGAUCACCAAAUGUCCUACAGACCUGGGAACCAUUAAAAAGAAAAUGGAUAAUUUUGAAUAUAGUGAUAUACAAGAAUUUGCUACAGAUGUUAGAUUAAUGUUCAUGAGCUGCUACAAACAUAAUUCUCCAGACCAUGAAAUAGUUGUUAUGGCAAGAAAACUUCAGGAUGUUUUUGAGACGCGUUUUGCCAAGAUUCCCGAUGAACCUGUUGCAAGUGUUCCUCUGCCACAGCCUACAAGAGACAUGACAGAAGCUUAUUCUAGUGAGAGCAAUAAUGAUGACUCUUCAGAAGAAAAAUCAUCUGAAGACUCUGAACAGGAGAGAACAGUGCAUGUUGCAAAGCUUCAGGAGCAACUUAAAGCUGUUCACCAGCAGUUGCGGGCUUUGACCAGAGCAUACUUACCUAGACUGAAAAAGAAAAAAGGGAAGGCUAAAAGGGAGAAAAGUAAGAACAAGGAAAAAGCUAAAAUUAAAAGCCCAAUUCAAAAGAAGAAAAAUCUGAAACACGAGAAGAAAUCUAAGACAAAGCUGUCUUUAAACAUUCAAUCAAAGAAAACCAUACAGCAGAUCUUGUUGGCACAUAAGUCAGAAGAUGAAGAUCGUGCUAAGCCUAUGAAUUAUGAUGAAAAACGACAGUUGAGUUUGGACAUAAAUAAACUCCCUGGAGAUAAGCUUGGGAAAGUAGUCCAUAUAAUACAGUCAAGAGAACCUUCGUUGAAGAACUCUAACCCUGAUGAGAUAGAAAUAGAUUUUGAAACUUUAAAGACUUCAACGCUCAGAGAACUAGAGAAAUAUGUGGCAACCUGUUUGAGGAACAGACCAAGAAAGCAGCGGGCUAAAAAAACAACGAAGUCAAAACAGCAACUUAAUUCUGAGAGGAAACAAGAGCUAGAGAAAAGACUACUGGGUGUCAAUGGUCAACUAAACCCAAAGAAGGAGAACUUCAAGUUUGAAAACACUACUGAGUCUGAUAUUGGACCAAGUAGACUGAGCGACAGCAGCAACAGCAGCAGCUCCUCAGACUCUGGCAGCAGCACUAGCAGUGGCUCUAGCUCCUCAGAUAGCAGUGACUCUGAAUCGGGUGUCAUCUCAGCUGUAUCUGCUCUGUAUGAUGCUCCAGACCAGCAAACUCCUCGGAGUACUCCAAGGACAAAUCAGUCUUCUGUCAUCCAGUGCACACAUGCUCUUCCAGAGGUAUCCUACACAACUUCCCAGGUUGACAGUGCUGAUUGGAGUAAACAAGUUGAGAAAACAAUACAUCUAGACAAAUCAAAUAAACUUCAAAACAAGGCCAGUGAGAGAACUGCUGAUUCAGUAUCCAUAAGUCAAGAACAAAACUACCUCUAUAGGCUUGAACAGAGGAGGGAACAAGCUUCUGAAAACUUGAUGAAAUUAAAAGGUCACUAUACACCUAACGAUAAACCUAAUGGCAAGAACAUGCUAGAGCCAAAAUCCAAAAUUCUUCCAAGAAAGGAUACAGGAUUUAAGAAUAUAGAUUCCUGGAUAAACUUAUGUAAAACGAUGAUGCUUCCAGCUCCGAUAAAAACAUCUGCUGAGAGCUUCAAACAGUUCAGGAAAGCAGCAUUAAAGAGGAGGAAUGGGCAAGCACAGGGGUUAAAAAGGGGCCAUGAAGGCCAUGAAGGAUUGGAUGCCAUGGCAGAGAUAGACUGUGAGCCCCAAAAAGAAGAACGUAAGAGCAAACAACUCCCUGAAGCUCAACAACAUACUCUUGUUCAAGACCGUAACUUGGCUAGAAAAAUGGAACAAGAACGCAGGAGAAGAGAAGCAAUGGCUUGUACAAUUGAUAUGAAUCUGCAGAGUGAUAUUAUGGCAUCUUUUGAAGAAUACCUUGAGUGA